AUGGCUUCUGCUCCAACAUUAGCUUCAUCCACCAAAGAGACCACUAAUUACGCAAGGUUAUGUCGCCUUUUAGUAGAUGGAGGCACCAAGGCCUUAAGAUACACUUUUGACAAAUUCCACUCCCCAGCAAACCUGUCUACUAUAUUGAAAGCAAACCAUUCAACUCUGCAAUCCCUUAAAAAUAAGAAAAUCAUCAAUGCCACACAGUGGGGUAAACUGUAUCCCUCUACUGCAUUGUCUGUAACAUCAGAAGACUUUGACAUCACGUUACUGAUUGUGCUACUUAGGAACAUCUGUCAUCUGGCGGCUCCGGCCACAGGCUGGGACGGUCUUCCACCUGUUUCAGACACGGGUAUUGAGGCUAACCUAGCCAGAGUGAAGUACUAUAGGAACUCGGUCUAUGGGCAUGCCAUGCAGGCGUCUGUGGACGAUCCAACAUUUAAUUAUUUUUGGCAGGACAUAAGUGCCGCACUGAUUGCACUGGGUGUAGAUGCAGCCGCUAUCAAAAAACUAGAGACUGAGACUAUGGAUCCAGACACGAAGAAGCAUUACCAGGAGCUGUUAAAGGAAUGGAAGAAGGACGAAGACAACAUCAAAGACCAGCUAGAUAAAAUGAAGGGUAUAGAUGAAUAUUGUUUAGUGCCUUUGAGAAAUAAGUGUCCUUUUCUGACCUUAAUAGGGUGUAGUUGCGGUUCAACUGAAAUUUUUGAAUUGGCCAAAAUUAACUUCUGCUUCCAAAGAUCGUGAACACAUUUGGAAAAGAAUAAACUGACAUCCGAUAUAGCAAUAUAUGUACUUGGUUAUUCAUUAAUAAACAGAAUGUGUUAGAAAAAGAGUGGCAAGCGAAUGGCAGACGAGUUAGUUAUUAUCUCAGUUGACGAGUUCGACACUGAUGGUAACUUAAUUUUUUUUUCUCCUGGUAAAAUCAUAGGUAAUCUUGAGCACAUGAAAAGUGAAAUGGAAAAGAUGAGUGAGACGCUGAAGGCUAUGAAUAAUUCUGCGACAGAGUAUGGAGGUCAGUUUCAAAAAAGGAAACCAUGCAAGAUUUAUGAAUUCUUUGAGUCAAGCUAACUUUUAACCAUAUUUAAACAAACUGAAUAUCAAAUUUUCAAGACCUUGUAAGGUCGGAGUGAUAAACAAAACUAUACUUUUUCUCUUAAUAUAAAUCAUAAAACACAUGAUAAGCAAAUAGACAAUAUUAGCGAUCAAGAAGGCCGAGGAACGCCGAGGGAUCAGUUCCCGAUGUUUGAUUCCAAAUUCCGUAACUUGGGCACCCUUUCUUUUAAUUACUAUAUGUAUUGCUAUAUUGCUAUGAAAUUUUUUCCAAUCAGCUUUUAUUGAUCACGUGUAUGGAGAAGACUGUCACUUACAAGGUUAAAUUAUUCUUUGAACAAACAUAACUUUAUCUUAUCGUCUAUAAAGGGUGUGUGAUGAAAGUCUAAUUUUGCUUUGUGUAUUCGUCUCACUAACAGAUGGAACAAGAGAAGAUUUAAAGAAGAUAAAAAGCGGGAUAGAAAACAUCAGUGAGACACUGCAGACCUUAAAGGUCUCUCCGACCAAAGAGGAAGGUCAGUUUCCCCAAACUGUAGCCAUAAAAGAAUCCCCCUUAGAUGGCUCUUUAAAGCCAUUAUUGCUGAUCGAUCAGUAGGCAUGUUUCUUACAAAUGUCUCUUGGGUCCCAAAAGAACAGCUUCAUAUCCACAAGAGGGACCAAAGUGCUGCAACUUAUGUAUUUGCCUUCAAUAAUUCUCUCAGUGGGUAGGAUGAAGGAUGACAUGAACACUCUUUUCCUGUAGGAUGGUGGCGUUGGAACCGCCUAGUAGCAUGGGGGCCAUCUUGGUUUCAAUACCGAGUAGUCACCCACCUUUUUUGUAAUGUUCAGCCAGUGUUUUUAUUUUGCAACAGUUUUUUUAUUUUCAUCAUGUCCCUUGGGGAUAUGUAUUAGCCCCAGAUUAAAAAAUAGAUGCCGACCUUUCAAACUCUACAACCACACGGGACUGUGAGUCCUCAAAUACCCUUACUUUUUUAAAAGGACAAUAAAUUCACAAAGCAGUGGUCCAUUUGCCCUGCUUCUCGCAAAUUACAGUGAUCUGCUAAAAGACUGUUCUUAAAUAAAAAAGAGGGGCUUAAGCAUCUUCCGUUUACUUAUUGAAGGUUCCCCGUGCCGCUAGUUUGAAAUGUUUGUCGCUUGCUUUUAAGGCGGUGCACAUGGCUAGGGUAGUUAAUAAAUAAAUGGCCUUCUCCUUGCAUAGUUAUAUUGGUAGUUCUAUUCGUUUGCGUUACGGACUUGGAAAGUAGCAAACCGAGCUGUUUUAGACAACUAUUUAAAACAAAGUUGGUUCUCAUUUGUUCUCAACAGCUGGUUUGGUGGCCGAGCAUAUUGAAAUCAUUCGCCAGAAGUACAAACGUCAUGAGGGAUGGCUCGCGCCUUUUUCUUGGUGCGAAGACUUUCACUUUCAACUCAGCGAUAUUUAUACACGCCUUCGUAUGGUCAGCAGAGAGAAAAAGGCGAGAGCAACAGCGCAGCAAAGAGUUGUUGAAACGACGGAAAUCUUCAAACCCCACGAAGAAUGCAAACAACCUAGAAAAGUAUUGAUUGAAGGAAACCCAGGAAUGGGAAAGACGACAUACUGCAAUAAGGUUGCUUACGACUGGGCUAUAAACAUAGAAAACGAAGGAGAUUGCUUUCCAGAAUUUGAAAUGGUACUCUUGCUGAAAUGCCGUGAUGUCGAGAUCGAGUCCGACCUUUGGGGAGCCAUUGACGAUCAGCUUUUGCCAGCUGAAAUUAAUCAAAAGGAAAGGGAGAAAUUCUUCGAGUUCAUUCGGCAAAAUCAAUCAAAGGUUCUACUGGUACUUGACGGAUUGGACGAGUUACCUUCAAGUAAACGGCCGGAGUUUACCGACAUCAUACGAGGCAAAAUGCUUCCUCAAUGUCACCUGGUGGUUACAGCGCGACACGAGGCUGGAAUACCCGUAAGAAAAGUUUGUGACACCCUUCUAGAGAUAGAAGGUUUCAGUUAUCAAGAUAUCAAAGAAUUUAUUCACAAAUAUUUUGUCGCCAAGAAAGAACUGGCUGAAAGACUAUUGGAAAAAAUACAUAAUGAGAAAAUACUCAGAGAUUUGGCGGCAACCCCUUUAAACACUGCACUUCUUUGCCUUCUUUGUGAAGACUUUCAAGGUAUUUUUCCUGAAAGCAGAACUCAAUUGUACUUGGAAAUAGCACAUUGUGUUCUUAUUAGAUACAGGAAAAAGAAAGGUCUUCCAGUCGAAAAUGAGGAUCUGAUUGAAAUCUACAAAGAUCAGUUGAAACUCCUUGGCUCGAUAGCGUUAGACGGCCUGUAUGAGGACAACAUGUACUUUGGGGACAAAAGGCUUUCAAGUGAAAAUGCCGACUUACCUGAAUUUGGCUUUCUGUCAGCUCAACCUGGAAGCAGCAAACGAAGGCCGUGUCUGUGCUACGGCUUCACGCAUAAGAGUUUUCAAGAAUUCUUCGCAGGAUAUCAUCUUUGUUGCCAGCUUCUUAGCGAACAACUCAGUCCCUUUGUAUUAGUCAGUGACACAAGAUAUUUCCGAGAGUUGAGAGAGGUAUUAAAAUUUACCUGUGGUCUGCUAGCAGUAAGAUCUGAAGAGCGUGCAAUAUCCUUUAUCCUCUGCAUAGCGGAAGAGGUAAACGAGGAAGAUGUGAGAGUGGGUUUACCUGUCGCACUGGAGUGCAUAAAAGAAUGCAAAAGUGAAAACAGUUAUUUUCAUAUAGAACUGGCACGUUACUUUGGCGCAUGUCUAGAAAUUCGAGAGGCUGAUCUUGACGAGGAUCGUAUAGAAGGGGAAGGUAUAGGUGAUUCUGCUGCUGCUGUGCUUGCUACUGCGCUUGAAACGAACACAACUCUGACAAAUUUGAAUUUGUCUGGAAAUAACCUUGGUCCUUCAGGUGCUGAGUCACUUGCUACAGCGCUUAAAAGGAACACAACUCUGACAAAUUUGAAUUUGUCUGGAAAUAACCUUGGUCCUGCCGGUGCUGGGUCACUUGCUACAGCGCUUAAAAGGAACACAAUUCUGACAAAUUUGGAUUUUUCUGGCAACAACAUUGGUCCUUUUGGUGCUGAGUCACUUGCUACAGCGCUUAAAACAAACACAACUCUGACAAAUUUGAAUAUGUCUGUCAAUAACCUUGGUCUUGCUGGUGCAGAGUCACUUGCUACCGUGCUUAAAACGAACACAACUCUGACAAAUUUGGAUUUGUCUGGCAAUAACCUUGGUCCUGCUGGUACUGAGUCACUUGCUACAGCGCUUCAAAAAAACAAAACUCUGACAAAUUUGAAUUUGUCUGUCAAUAACCUUGGUCCUGCUGGUGCUGAAUCACUUGCUAAAGCGCUUAAAACAAAUACUACUCUGACAAAUUUGGAUUUGAUGCGUAAUAACCUUGGUUCUGCCGUUGCUGAGUCUCUUGCUACAGCGCUUAAAACAAACACAUCGCUGACACAUUUGGGUUUGGCUGACAAUAACCUUGGUCCUGCCGAUGCUGCGUCACUUACUACAGCGCUUAAAACAAACACAACUCUGACAAAUUUGGAUUUGUCUGUCAAUAACCUUGGUCCUGCUGAUGCUGAGUCACUUGCUAAAACGCUCAAAACAAACCGAAACUCUGACAAAUUUGGAUUUGUCUGUCAAUAA